AUGUCAGUUCCACAUACAGAAGAGUUAGUGGAUUACGAGGAGGAGGAGACGACACGAAUUGAGGACGAAAAUAAACUUGCAGAUGAAUCUACAAAGGUUGGACGUGGUAAUUACGUAGCCAUACAUGCAUCUGGUUUUAGAGAUUUUUUUUUGAAACCUGAGCUAAUUAGAGCUAUCGGAGAUGCAGGAUUUGAACAUCCUUCAGAAGUUCAGCAUGAGACAAUACCUCAUGCUAUUACAGGUGUAGAUAUAUUAUGCCAGGCUAAAUCAGGAAUGGGGAAGACUGCAGUAUUUGUUUUAUCUAUAUUACAGCAACUCAAUCCAGAUGAAAAUUCAAAGAGUGUGGAAUGCUUAUGUAUUGGACACACACGUGAAUUAGCCUUUCAAGUUAAAAAUGAAUUUGAUAGAUUUUCGAAAUAUUUAAAGAAUAUAAAAACUCAAGUGGUAUAUGGAGGGAUUCCCAUUCAGAAGGAUAUAGAGUUACUAUCUUCAAAUGUUCCCAACAUAUUGAUUGGUACUCCAGGACGUAUUAUUGCAUUAAUACGCCAAAAGAAACUUAUUACUGAUGGUGUGGUUCAUUUUGUUUUAGAUGAAUGUGACAAGUGUCUAGAGUCUCUGGAUAUGCGUAAGGAUGUACAGGAGAUAUUUAUGAGUACUCCUAGGAAGAAGCAAGUAAUGAUGUUCAGUGCUACAAUGGUGAAGGAGAUUCGUGAUGUUUGUAGGAAAUUUAUGCAGAACCCUGUGGAGAUAUUUGUUGAUGAUGAAACUAAACUUACUCUACAUGGUUUACUACAAUACUAUGUUAAGCUAUCUGAAACUGAGAAGAAUAGGAGACUCACAGAUUUGUUGGAUCUUUUGGAAUUUAAUCAGGUCAUAAUCUUUGUGAAGAGUGUUUCAAGAGCACAGGCUCUACACAAUCUUCUUACUGAAUGUAGCUUCCCAUCUAUAUGUAUCCAUGCUGGUCUUAGUCAACAAGAACGUAUCUCUAGAUAUCAACAAUUCAAAAAUUUUGAGAAGCGUAUUAUGGUUGCUACAGAUCUUUUCGGCCGUGGAAUUGAUAUUGAAAGAGUAAAUAUUGUUAUUAAUUAUGAUAUGCCAGAAAAUACAGACUCAUAUCUGCACAGAGUAGGUAGAGCUGGACGUUUUGGAACAAAAGGAUUGGCUAUAACCUUAGUAGCCUCUCAAACAGAUUCCCAGAUUCUAAAUGAUGUACAAAGUAGAUUCGAAGUGAAUAUUGCUGAAAUGCCAAGUCAAAUUGAUACAUCUACUUAUAUUAACCAAUAA